GGGCGGGGCGUGUCGGUGCGUCGGGCCCGUUCCCCUGCGAGGAAACCAGGAGAAAAGACGCUUUGUAGCGGGGACAGAGUCACCGAACGACCGCGAACAUCGGAGCGUGUCCGAGGUCGAGCAGCCGGCGGCGGGACGCGAUCGACGCUCAGUCAGAGAAGAAGAAGAAGAAGAAGAAACGCGCCGCUGAUCGUCUGACUGGGCAGCAGAGCUGUCACUCAAACAGAGUUCCACAUCAGGUGUGAGCGGGCCGGCGGUGCAGAGCAGCAGUCAUGGUGGCCCUGUCGCUGAAGAUCGGCGUGGGCAACGUGGUGAAGACGAUGCAGUUCGAACCGUCCACCAUGGUGUACGACGCCUGCCGCAUCAUCAGGGAGCGAGUUCCCGAGGCGCAGCUCGGACAGCCCAACGACUACGGGCUGUUUCUGUCCGAUGAAGACCCAAAGAAAGGCAUCUGGCUGGAGGCGGGAAAGGCCCUGGAUUACUACAUGCUGAGGAAUGGGGACACUCUGGAGUACAAGAAGAAGCAGAGGCCUCUGAAGAUCCGCAUGCUGGACGGGACGGUGAAGACCGUCAUGGUGGACGACUCCAAGAUCGUCAGCGACAUGCUCAUGACCAUCUGCGCCAGAAUAGGCAUCACGAACUACGACGAGUACUCGCUGGUGCGAGACAUCGGCGAGGAGAAGAAGGAGGAGACGAUGGGAACACUGAAGAGAGACAAGACUCUGCUGAGAGACGACAAGAAGAUGGAGAAGCUGAAGCAGAAGCUGCACACGGACGAUGAGUUGAACUGGUUGGACCACGGCCGGACGCUAAGGGAACAGGGUGUGGAGGAGACGGAGAUGCUGCUGCUCAGGAGGAAGUUCUUCUACUCGGACCAGAACGUGGACUCCAGAGACCCGGUCCAGCUCAACCUGCUCUAUGUGCAGGCCCGUGACGACAUCCUGAACGGGUCUCAUCCCGUCUCCUUCGACAAGGCCUGUGAGUUCGCAGGUUACCAGUGUCAGAUUCAGUUCGGCGACCACAACGAGUCCAAACACAAGCCUGGAUUCCUGGACUUGAAGGAGUUCCUUCCCAAAGAAUACAUCAAGAACAAAGGAGAGAAGAAGAUCUUCCAGGCUCACAAGAACUGUCAGAACAUGACGGAGAUCGAGGCCAAGGUCAGCUACGUGAAGCUGGCCCGCUCCCUGAAGACCUACGGAGUCUCCUUCUUCCUGGUCAAGGAGAAGAUGAAGGGGAAGAACAAGCUGGUGCCGCGUCUGCUCGGCAUCACCAAGGAGUGCACGAUGCGCGUGGACGAGAAGACCAAGGAGGUGAUCCAGGAGUGGAGCCUCACCAACAUCAAGCGCUGGGCCGCGUCGCCCAAGAGCUUCACGCUGGACUUCGGAGAUUACCAGGACGGGUAUUACUCGGUGCAGACGACUGAGGGCGAGCAGAUCGCUCAGCUCAUCGCCGGCUACAUCGACAUCAUCCUCAAGAAGAAAAAGAGCAAAGAUCACUUCGGUCUGGAAGGAGACGAAGAGUCGACCAUGUUGGAAGAUUCUGUGUCUCCCAAAAAGUCCACCGUGCUGCAGCAGCAGUUCAACAAGGUGGGCCGGGUGGAGACGGGCUCGGUGGCCCUGCCGGCCAUCAUGCGCUCGGGGGCCGGGGGACCAGAGAGCUUCCAGAUGGGCUCCAUGCCGCAGCCCAAGCAGCACAUCACCAGCGGGCAGAUGCACCGCGGCCACAUGCCUCCGCUGACGUCGGCGCAACAAGCUCUGACCGGAACCAUCAACUCCAGCAUGCAGGCGGUUCAGGCUGCGCAGGCGACGCUGGACGACUUCGACACUCUGCCUCCGCUGGGAACCGACGCUGCGUCACAAGCCUGGCGCAAAAACAAGAUGGACGAGUCCAAACACGAGAUCCACUCGCAGGUGGACGCCAUCACGGCCGGCACCGCCUCCAUGGUCAACCUGACUGCAGGUGACCCGGCAGAGACGGACUACACGGCCGUGGGCUGCGCCGUCACCACCAUCUCCUCCAACCUGACGGAGAUGUCGAAGGGGGUCAAACUCCUGGCGGCACUGAUGGAGGACGAGGGGGCGAACGGGCAGCAGCUGCUCGGCGCCGCCAAGAACCUGGCCUGCGCCGUGUCCGACAUGCUGCAGACGGCUCAGCCAGCAAACACGGAGCCUCGUCAGAACCUGCUUCAGGCCGCGGGGAACGUGGGCCAGGCCAGCGGAGAGCUGCUGUCCCACAUCGGAGAGACGGACACGGACCCACAGUUCCAGUUUCCAGGUUCAGGAUCGUUCAGGGCGACCGGACGGAGAGUCUCCUCUUAUUGUCAGACCCUGGACAUGCUGAUGCAGCUGGCUAAAGCCGUGGCGAACGCCGCUGCUGCUCUGGUGCUUAAGGCGAAGAACGUGGCCCAGAAGACGGAGGAUUCAGUGCAGCAGAACCGCGUGAUCGCCGCCGCCACCCAGUGCGCCCUGUCCACGUCGCAGCUGGUGGCCUGCACCCGGGUUGUGGCGCCGACCAUCAGCUCGCCCGUGUGCCAGGAGCAGCUGAUCGAGGCGGGCAAGCUGGUGGCCAAGUCGGUGGAGGGCUGCGUGGAUGCGUCGCAGGGCGCCACCAACGACGAGGGCCUCCUGAAGCAGGUGGGCGUGGCCGCCACCGGCGUCACGCACGCCCUGAACGAGCUGCUGCAGCACAUCAAGCAGUACGCCAGCGGAGGCCAUCCCAUCGGACGCCACGGAGAAGCCACCGACCGCAUCCUGGACGUCACAGAGAACAUCUUCAGCUCCAUGGGAGACGCUGGCGAGAUGGUGCGUCAGGCGCGGAUCCUCGCCCAGGCCACGUCAGACCUGGUCAACGCCAUCAAGAUGGACGCAGAGGGAGAGUCCGACCUGGAGAACUCACGCAAGCUGCUGUCGGCCGCCAAGCUGCUGGCGGACGCCACCGCCAAGAUGGUGGAGGCGGCUAAGGGCGCGGCGGCGAACCCCGACAGCGAGGAGCAGCAGCAGAAGCUGCGAGAGGCGGCGGAAGGUCUGCGCAUGGCGACCAACGCCGCCGCGCAGAACGCCAUCAAGAAACGACUGGUCAACAAGCUUGAGAACGCGGCCAAGCAGGCGGCGGCGGCAGCCACUCAGACCAUCGCUGCCGCUCAGCACGCCGCCUCGUCCAACAGGAACCAGGCUGCUCAGCAGCAGCUCGUCCAGAGCUGCAAGGUGGUGGCGGAGCAGAUCCCUCAGCUGGUGCAGGGAGUCCGAGGCAGCCAGUCGCAGCCCGACAGCCCGAGCGCUCAGCUCGCCCUCAUCAGCGCCAGCCAGAACUUCCUGCAGCCGGGGGCGAAGAUGGUCACGGCCUCCAAGGCCACAGUUCCCACCAUCGGUGACCAGGCGUCAGCCAUGCAGCUCGGACAGUGUGCCAAGAACCUGGCCAGCGCCCUGGCCGAGCUCCGCACCGCCUCGCAGAAGGCUCAGGAGGCGUGCGGUCCGCUGGAGAUCGAAAACGCUCUGUCGAUGGUGAGGGAUCUGGAGAAGGACCUCAAGGACGCCAAGGCGUCAGCGGAGCAUGGGAAACUCCAACCGCUGCCGGGAGACACGCUGGAGAAAAGCUCCCAGGAUCUGGGCACCAGCACCAAGGCCGUGAGCUCGGCCAUCGCCCAGCUGCUGAGUGAGGCCACGCAGGGCAACGAGAACUACACAGGCAUGGCGGCCAGAGACGUGGCCCAGGCUCUGAAGUCCUUGGCCUCGGCCGCCAGAGGAGUCGCCUCCACCACCGAUGACGCGCUGGCCCGUAACGCUAUGCUGGACUGCGCCGGCGACGUCAUGGACAAGUCGGCCAACCUGAUCGAGGAGACCAAGAGAGCCAUCGCCAAGCCGGGAGACGCGGAGAGUCAACAGAGGCUGGCGCAGGUGGCGAAGGCGGUGUCUCAGGCGCUGAACAGAUGUGUGAACUGCCUCCCUGGGCAGCGCGACGUGGACAACGCCAUCCGCAGCGUGGGCGAAGCCAGCAAGACGCUGCUGUCGGACUCUUUCCCGUCCAGUGGGCGGAGCUUCCAGGAGGUGCAGGCGCAGCUCAACGAGGUGGCGGCCGGUCUCAACCAGUCAGCCAACGAGGUGGUGCAGGCGUCCAGGGGGACCACGCAGGACCUGUCCCGGGCCACCAGCAAGUUCGGACAGAACUUCAGCAACUUCCUGGAGGCCGGCGUCGACAUGGCGGGAACGUCGCAGUCUAAAGACGACCAGACGCAGGUGGUGUCCAACCUGAAGACGAUCUCCAUGUCGUCCAGCAAACUGCUGCUGUCGGCCAAAGCUCUGUCCACCGACCCGAGUUCCCCGAACCUGAAGAACCAGCUCGCCGCCGCCGCUCGGGCGGUGACGGACAGCAUCAACCAGCUCAUCACCAUGUGCACUCAGCAGGCCCCGGGUCAGAAGGAGUGUGACAACGCUCUGAGAGAGCUCGAGUCGGUGAUCGGGAUGCUGGAGAACCCGACGGAAGCCGUCAGCGAUCUGUCGUACUUUGAUUGUGUCGACAGCGUCAUGGAGAACUCCAAGGUCCUCGGCGAGUCCAUGGCUGGAAUUUCCCACAAUGCCAAGAAUUCCAAUUUGCCUGAGUUCGGUGAUUCCGUCAGUUCUGGCUCCAAGGCCUUGUGUGGUCUGACUGAAGCCGCGGCUCAGGCGGCCUACCUGGUGGGAGUGUCGGACCCCAACAGCUCCGCGGGUCAGAAGGGUCUGGUGGAUCCCGCUCAGUUCGCUCGGGCCAAUCAGUCCAUUCAGAUGGCGUGUCAGAACCUGGUGGACCCGGCCUGCACGCAGUCCCAGGUUCUCUCGGCCGCCACCAUCGUGGCCAAACACACCUCGGCGCUGUGUAACGCCUGUCGCCUGGCCUCCUCCAAGACGCCCAACCCCGUCGCCAAGAGGCAGUUCGUCCAGUCGGCCAAGGAAGUGGCCAACACCACCGCCAACCUGGUCAAGUCCAUCAAGGCUUUGGACGGAGCCUUUAACCACGACAACAGAGAGAAGUGUAAGUUGGCCACCGGUCCUCUGAUAGAAGCCGUGGACAACCUGACCGCCUUCGCCUCCAACCCGGAGUUCGCUAGCAUCCCUGCUCAGAUCAGCCCCGAGGGUCACGCAGCCAUGGAGCCCAUCGUGGCUGCGGCCAGGACGAUGCUGAUGAGCUCGACCGGCCUGAUCCAGACGGCCCGCUCUCUGGCCGUCAACCCCAAAGACCCCCCGAAGUGGUCGGUGCUGGCCGGACACUCCAGGACCGUGUCGGACUCCAUCAAGAAACUCAUCACCAACAUGAGAGAAAAGGCUCCUGGUCAGAGAGAGUGCGACGAUGCGAUCGAGGUGCUGAACGGCUGCAUCCGUGAGGUCGACCAGGCCUCUCUGGCUGCCAUCAGCCAGCAGCUAACACCCCGAGAGGACAUCUCCAUGGAGAAUCUCCACGGGCAGAUGGCGGCCUCGGUCCAUGAGAUCAGUAACCUGAUUGAUCCCGUGGCGGUGGCUGCUCGCUCGGAGGCCUCUCAGCUGGGACACAAGGUUUCUCAGAUGGCGAGCUACUUCGAGCCUCUGAUCAUGGCGGCCAUCGGCACCGCGUCCAAGAUCGUGAGCAGCCAGCAGCAGAUGGCCGUGUUGGACCAGACCAAGACGCUGACCGAGUCGGCCCUGCAGAUGCUCUACACCGCCAAGGAGGCGGGAGGAAACCCCAAGGCAGCGCACAUGCAGGAGGCGCUGGAGGAGUCGGUGCAGAUGAUGAAAGAAGCCGUGGACGACCUGGGCACCACCCUGGCUGAGGCUGCCAGCGCAGCGGGUGCAGUGGGCGGCAUGGUGGACUCCAUCAACGACUCCAUCAAUAAAAUGGAGGACUCGCCCGCUCUGGACCCUGAAGGCACCUUCGUGGACUACCAGACGACCAUGGUCAGGACGGCCAAGGCCAUCGCUGUCACCGUACAGGAGAUGGUGACCAAGUCUAACACGAACCCGGACGACCUCGGGGGACUGGCCAACCAGCUGACCAACGAGUUUGGAAAUCUGGCAAACGAGGCCAAAUAUGCAGCCGUGACCGCGGAGAACGAUGAAAUCGGUUCUCACAUCAAGAAGCAGGUGGGCGAGUUGGGUUUCAGCUGCACAGGUCUGGUGACCAAAGCCGGAGCUCUGCAGUGCAGCCCCAACGACACGUUCACCAAGAAGGAGCUGAUAGAAGGCGCCCGCAAAGUCUCCGAGAAGGUGUCCCAUGUGCUGGCGUCGCUGCAGGCGGGAAACCGCGGCACGCAGGCCUGCAUCACAGCAGCCAGCGCCGUGUCCGGAAUCAUCGCCGACCUCGACACCACCAUCAUGUUCGCCACCGCUGGAACUCUGAACAGAGAGAACUCUGAGACCUUCGCGGACCACAGAGAAUAUAUCCUGAAGACGGCCAAGGCUCUGGUGGAGGACACCAAGCUGCUGGUGUCCGGCGCCGGAGCCAGUCAGGAGAAACUGGCCCAGGCCGCCCAGUCCUCAGUGAUCACCAUCACCAAACUGGCGGAUGUGGUCAAACUGGGAGCGGCCAGUCUGGGUUCUGAAGACCCAGAGACUCAGGUCGUCCUGAUCAAUGCGGUGAAGGACGUGGCCAAAGCGCUGGGGAACCUCAUCAGCUCCACCAAGGCAGCCGCGGGCAAACCUCACGACGACCCGAGCAUGCUGCAGCUCAAGAACUCGGCCAAGGUGAUGGUGACCAACGUGACGUCCCUCCUGAAGACCGUGAAGGCCGUGGAGGACGAGGCCACGAAGGGAACCAGAGCUCUGGAGGCGACGAUCGAACACAUCAAACAGGAGCUGACUGUGUUCAGCAGCUCCGAGCCGCCGCCGAAGACGACCACGCCCGAGGAGUUCAUCCGCAUGACCAAAGGAAUCACCAUGGCGACGGCGAAGGCGGUGGCCGCCGGCAACUCGUGCCGCCAGGAGGACAUCAUCGCCACGGCGAACCUGAGCCGGAGGGCCAUCGCCGACAUGCUGCACUCCUGCAAGGAAGCAGCGUACCACCCAGAGGUCGGCAAAGACGUCCAGAUGAGAGCUCUGCGCUACGGCAAUGAAUGCGCCGCCGGAUACCUGGGCUUGCUGGAGCACGUGUUGGUGAUCAUCCAGAAACCCACUCACGACCUGAAGCAGCAGUUGUCCAGUUACUCCAAGCGCGUUGCCGGCUCCGUCACCGAGCUCAUCCAGGCCGCCGAGGCCAUGAAAGGCACCGAGUGGGUCGACCCCGAGGAUCCCACCGUCAUCGCGGAGAACGAGCUGCUGGGAGCGGCGGCGGCGAUUGAAGCGGCUGCCAAGAAGCUGGAGCAGCUGCGGCCGCGGACCAAACCCAAGGAAGCGGACGAGAGCCUGAACUUUGAGGAGCAGAUUCUGGAGGCGGCCAAGUCCAUCGCGGCCGCGACCAGCGCUCUGGUCAAAGCUGCUUCGGCUGCUCAGAGGGAGCUGGUGGCUCAGGGGAAGGUGGGAGCCAUCCCAGCCAACGCGGUGGAUGAUGGACAGUGGUCUCAGGGACUCAUUUCAGCCGCUCGAAUGGUCGCCGCGGCAACCAACAACCUGUGCGAGGCGGCCAACUCGGCGGUGCAGGGCCACGCCAGCGAGGAGAAGCUCAUCUCGUCCGCCAAGCAGGUGGCGGCGUCCACCGCUCAGCUGCUGGUGGCCUGCAAGGUGAAGGCGGACCAGGACUCCCAGACCAUGAAGAGGCUGCAGGCUGCAGGAAACGCUGUGAAGCGAGCGUCUGACAAUCUGGUGAAAGCGGCGCAGAAAGCGGCGUUCGACGCUCAGGACGAUCAGGCGGUGGUGGUGAAGAACAAGAUGGUGGGAGGCAUCGCUCAGAUCAUCGCCGCACAGGAGGAGAUGCUGCGGAAGGAGCGGGAGCUGGACGAGGCCCGGAAGAAGCUCGCCACGAUCCGACAGCAGCAGUACAAGUUCCUGCCCUCCGAGCUGCGGGAGGACGGCCAGGAUCAGUGAGGAAGUGUGUGUGUGUGUGUGUGAGCGAGAGAGUGUGUGUGUGUGUAUGUGUGUGUGAGCAAGAGAGUGUGUGUGUAUGUGUGUGUGAGCAAGAGAGUGUGUGUGUAUGUGUGUGUGAGCAAGAGA